UUUAGCUCCUAUCUGAUGUCAGAAUGUAUGUUUAGUCCGGGCUGUAUGGUAGCAAAUAUUGCAAGAAGUGCCAGAAGUAAGGCGAUCAGUUGAUGAAAGCUGGUUAUCUGUCAAGAAAGCGGAUCACUUGAACGGAAGGAAAUGAUUGCUGAUAUAUCGUCGCAGUCUAUUACAAGUAGCGCAGCUGGACGCCCAUUUCAGUGUGCGGAUUGUUCUGCCGAAGAUCCUCAGUGGGCUUCACUGAACAGAGGUGUUCUUAUUUGCUCGGAAUGUUGCUAUGUUCACAGGAAUCUUGGUCGUCAUAUCAGCCAUGUUCGUUCAAUCAAAAAAGGAGCUUGGAAUAGCAGUCAGCUAGAGUUGAUGUAUGUUUUAUAUUCCAAUGGUUCAAAUAAUAUUUGGGAACAUUCGCUUCUCGAUCCUCAAUCUAUCAAUAAAAUUCGGCGAAAACCGACACCUCAUGACCCCGUUCUCCCCAUUAAAGAAAACUUUAUCAAAGCAAAAUAUGCGCAAAUGGCUUUCGCUCUACGUCCAGCAAAGGAUGAUAAUUGUAUUAGUCAAGAUGAUUUAAAUCGGCAGCUUUGGUCUUGUGUAAGGACUUCUCAUGUGGAAACAACUAUGAGAUUAUUGGCAAUGGGUGCCGAUCCGAAUUACAUUGAUCCGGAAAAACAUAAUGCACCGCUUCAUAUCUCGGCCAAAGAAAAUCAAGCUUUACAAGUUGAAUUACUUUGGAUUUAUGGGGCUGAUCCUGCUCAGCUGAAUGCCAUAGACUUAACUCCUUCUCAAGUAGCAAGGCUUGAAAAUCACACUGAACUCGCUAUAAGAUUGGAAGAACUGCAGUUUGAAGUUACAAACCGUUUAACAAUGUUUUUAUGUGGACGACGACCAGAUCACUCGAGACAACAGUAUUUUUUGAUUCCCGAGCUUACAGGACAGAACACCGAAAAUAUGCAAAUGAAAUCAGCAAGGCGGCGGCUUCGUUCCCUUUCUUCGUAUUACUUUGAACGUAUUGUUCAAGAUGUUUACGAUGAGGUAGAUCGCCGAGAAACCGUAGUGGCUUGGAAUGCUACCACUCAGGGAAUUCAGCCUUUCUCUCUGGGAAACGACCACUGUGUUGCAGUUUUUUUGCCGUCCAAUCCUGAAUUAUCAGCUACACGUAAUCAGCUCCGCCAAAAACUCGCAAAAUGUGAUAUGCGAAGAUUUGCAACCUUAAUCAUAGAUGUUCUCAAUGAAGCCAAACGAAGAUAUUAUGGCUUACUACCGAGAAGUGAUACGGAUGAUUCUUCUGACAAUCUAUUGAAAAAAACUUCAGAUAGUGUGGAUCGUUUGAAUGUCAGUUCUAUGGGUACUGCCGAAUAUGUCGCAUCAUUUAGUGAGGAAGGUUGUAGAGAUUAUGACGAGGUUGCUGAUAGUUUGCGGAAUAGAAAGUGGCGUACUUCAGAAAGUACUAGAAAAUCGUCGGAAAGAAAAAGUGAUGACAGUGGUGACUUAUUGCAAGAGACUGGUCCUGUCAUGAUUGAUGAUUUUUUGGAGCUAAAAGAAAAAGUAGCUAACGCUGAAAGCACGCUCACUGCUGUUCAGCAGGCGAACACACAGAUUCUAAGGAUGUUGACUCAUUUACAGUCUAGUGUUGAUCGUUUAAAUGCUGAUAAUGCAGAUGUACACGAUGAGCUCAAAAAAGUGCAAACCAUUUGCUCGCAGGCCCUGAUUAGACGGCGUUCGUCUCCAGCUCCAGCUCUCUCUCCCGGAACCUCAAUUUCAACUUCUGUUCUAGGUAGUAAGAGUAUCAGUUCAAGUUAUCAUGCAUCUUCUGGAAAAAUAGCUGCUGCAUCACAAAAUCCUGAUAUUCAUGGUAUUUUUGGUCAUACCAGUCGUCGACAUGGUCCUGGCUUAACGUCUGCAGUGAGCACUACUGACAGAACAAUAGCACAGCAGCAUUCAUUUCCAUUAGGACAAGGUACGACGCAGCAGACAGAUUACAGUAAUAGAGUUGAAGGCCUUGAUCCAUGUGUUGAAAUUUCUCGUCGCGAGAAAACUGAAUUAUUAAAUUCUGUUGAUGGAAGAACUGAUGAGGAGAGAAUACGUGGUUCAUAUCGUAGUGCUGGCGCAUUCACCGACAGUUUAAUAGCAGAAACGGAACAGUUAACACAUGCGAUUAAGCUUCUAUUAACAGAUGCACAAUAUGGACAGUUACAAACGCAUGCGCCAGAUCACGCUUAUUCAGUUGGUAUACUGAUAAAUCGUAUUUUAACAGUCGUCCCGGAGGAACGGCGUACUCCUGCAGUUGAAGCAUGCUUACAAAAGAUGUCGGAUUCAACAGUUAUUUUAUCUGCCAAGUGUAAUGCACCAAUGUUCAGUGUGAAUGAUACAUGCGCCGCUGCAUUCGCUGUCGCUAACUCCGCAAAACAGCUAUUGGUGAACGUCCAUCAACUGUAAUCUUCGUAUCG